GAUUUUUAAUUUUUUGCUUUCAUGGCGCAGUUCUCGAGUUAGUGGUAGGACACCCACAGAGCCGUCAAUCUUGGGGCACUGAAGGAGUCAGCACUACCUCAGAGCACAAACCCAGGAUCAGUUCAUGCACGUGGGGGUCACCUAAAAGUUCUCAGAGUGAUAAAAAUACCAGCUGGUGGGAAAACUAUACAAUUGAGGAACCUGUGGAUUCACACGUUGUGAUUCCAAGGACUUGAAGUUUUAGUCAUCGUUCCAUUCAGGUUUGAUGGCUUCCUGUGCUGCCUGGACUGGGGCUCUGUGUGGCUGAGCUGGUGGUGGAUAACUGCCGCUCCGGCGAUGGCGAGGUGGAGGGUCUCACCGAUGACUUCAAGGAGCUGGAGUUCCUCAGCAUGGUCAACGUGGGCCUGACCUCCUUGGCCAAACUGCCCUCACUCCCCAAGCUACGCAAGCUGGAGCUCAGCGACAACAACAUCUCCGGAGGCCUGGAGACCCUGUCAGAAAAAUGUCCCAGCUUGACCUACCUGAACUUGAGUGGGAACAAGAUCAAAGACCUGGGCACCGUGGAGGCGCUGCAGAACCUGAAGAACCUGAAGAGCCUGGACCUGUUCAACUGCGAGAUCACCUCUCUGGAGGAGUACCGGGAGAGCAUCUUCGAGCUGCUGCCCCAGAUCACGUACCUGGAUGGCUUCGACCAGGAGGACAACGAGGCCCCCGACUCGGAGGCCGAGGAAGAGGAGGACGAGGGGGAGGACGAUGACGAGGAAGGAGCCGGCCCCCCAGGGGAGUAUGGGGACGAGGAAGACGAGGAGGAAGGCUCUGAUGGCGGGGAAGAGGAGGUGGGGUUAUCCUACCUGAUGAAAGAGGAGAUCCAGGAUGAGGAAGAUGAUGAUGAUUAUGUGGAAGAAGAGGAGGAGGAAGAGGUAGAAGACGACGAGGAAGAGGAGGAAGGAGUCCGGGGGGAGAAGAGGAAGAGGGCCCCCGAGGACGAGGGGGAUGAUGAUGAAGAUGAAGACUAGCCCCGCCCGUCCCGGAGAUCCAUAACCCAAGCUGUAGAACAACCGAACGAGAGAGUGUGAUAUUGCGGAUUGUUUCCUCUUUGUAUACCAUAGAUAUAUCACUGUAGAAGCUAAGUGUUUUUUAUAUAUAUAUACUAUUACAGACAAAGGAAAGGUUUUAAUGACAACUCAUUUGUAAUCAUUCCAAGUUUUUUUGUUCCCCUGCUUUGUUUUUUUUUUAUUCACGGGUGGGCGGGGGCAGUUGGGGGAGGGAAACCGUCAGAUUGGCCCGUCUGAACCAGUGCUCUCCACAAACGGGUCGGGCCGAGCCGGCUGCGGGCCUGGGUUCGAUACCGGUGGCUCGGGCCUGGCCCAGGACGGAGCGGAACAGCUGUCUGCCGGGCGCUGGCUCGGGGUGGGGGUUGGGAACAGGGGCUCCUGCUUGACGUUGGCAGCAGGCUGGUACUUGCCCAUGUAGUGGUCUGAGUUUGGGGGGGGUGGGGGUGGGCGUUUGUCCCAGGAGCUCUGCAGUCUGGCAGGUCCCCCUUGAUUGACCGUUGGAGACCUGUGUAAGCUUUGGAUCACAUAACUUAUACAGUUCAAUCAAGAUCUUGAUUUGGACUUUUUAUUUUGUGCAGGAUUCUGUUCUCAAGAGCCCUGUUUUGAGUCGAAAUUCCACUUCCAUGCAAUUAGACGAAGAAUUUUAAGACGGGCCCCGCGAUCCCAUAGGAUACCCGGCAUGUCUGCCGAGUCCCGACCUGCCCUCACUGUAUCAGUGGGUUCCCUAGAUCGGUCUCCUGCGCCCGACGUGGAGGUGGCAGCCAUUGGAGAUCGCACAGGAGUGUCGGGAGAACAGCUGAACGAGCUGCCCGGAGAGGCGCUUUGCAGGCGUUCGAUUUCUUCGUGCUCUCCAGCAGGAGGUGCUCACGUCCCGGUGUUUUUGGUUCCUCUGUACAGUAGAAAUCGACGCCUCCGCUCAAGUGUGAUCUGUGGACUUGUCGGGAGGCUGCGAUCAUGUUGAGUCCCCAUGAGAAACCCUUUUUGAUUUUGAGAGAGGUCAUUUAUGGCAAAACCUUGUUCUGCAAAGCCCCAGUCCUGCAGGUAUAGGAUGAAUUGUCGAAUCUUUAGAGCAGCUAGAAGACCUGCAGUCAAUGGUAUCUGCUAAUGGGUUGGUUCAGUUAGGGAACCAGGUGUAUGAAGACAAGUCGCUGUAUCGCAAGGACUGACUGUUGGUCCUACAGGAAAGUACCAGCUUUUGUUUCUCCUUUCGAUACCUUUAACUGUGGACAUAAAUUGCAAAAAUGGCUUUUGUUUUAAUUUUGUAUUUUUAGUCUGGGUGAGUUAACUUUGUUCAUAAGAGCUGUGUGUAUAUAGUACCUGUUCCAAUUCUUCAGGGUAUCUCCUGUGUAUUUUUUUUUUUAAACUUGGGAUAUUUGUCCUUUUUUUUUUUUAAAU